AUUGACCAAGAUGGCAAAUUGACCCAUGUGUAGCUACUGGAGCUCUCUGACUCUACUGGUGGGAAUGCAAAAUAAUACAUACAGUUUGGGAAACAGGUGGGAGAUACCUGUUAGGUUAAACAUGCAGGUAGGACCUACACAACCUGGGGGAAGCAGUUAACACAUACACAUUUUCCAAAACUCAGUGAAUCAUACACUUAAAAUCUGUGCAUUUAUUGAAUCUAAACUUUACUGCUAUAAAAGCAAAAUGAAGAAAAAAAAAAAAAGUUCCCAGGGAUCCUCCUCCGUCCCUCUGGGCCAGCGAGCACUUGCAGGUUGGCUAACGUCAGGAAAACGCGGUCAGGGAGGCGGGGAACUGGGGCAGCCCCGCUUCCGCGAGCCGCCAAGCCCUGGCCCGUUCACCACUGGUUGUGGUUUCGGUUUCCAUUUCCCUUCUGCAGUUUAGGUUCCCCGGCGGCUCCGCCUCUCCGCUGGGCCAGUACACCCUCUCAGAAAAUCCCUCCUGGCCGGCCGCUGGGCUUUAAAGGGAGUGGGGCACCGGUGAGGUAGGACCUCGCGGGGAGCUGAGCCACUGGGAUGACGGCGGAGGAGAGGAGGAAUCUGCGCGCCUUCCAGGACUAUGUCAUCAAGAUUCUGGACCCUACCUAUAUCCUGAGCUACAUGUCGCCCUGGUUUAAGGACGAUGAAGUGCAGUAUAUUCGGGCUGAGAAAAACAAUAAGGGCACGAUGGAGGCUGCCUCACUUUUUCUUAAGUUCCUAUUGGAGCUCCAGGAAGAAGGCUGGUUCCGUGGCUUUUUGGAUGCCCUUGCUCAUGCAGGUUAUUCUGGACUUUAUGAAGCCAUUGAAAGUUGGGAUUUCCAAACCAUUGAAAGGUUGGAGGAAUAUAGGUCACUGUUAAAGCGUUUACAACCAGAAUUUAAAACUACAGUUAAUCCAAAAGAUAUCCUUCCUGAAGUAUCUAAAUGUUUAAUUAGUCAGGAAUGUGAAGAAAUUAUGCAGGUUUGUUCCAACAAGGGGCUGAUGGCAGGUGCAGAGAAAAUGGUUGAAUGCUUUCUCAGAUCGGACAAGGAAAACUGGCCCAAAACUUUGAAACUUGCUUUGGACAAAGAAGAGAGCAAGUUCAGUGAACUGUGGACUAUGGACAAAGAAGUCUCUCAUAUUUACACCCCAGUGAAGCCAAGAAAUUACCAACUAGAGCUUGCUUUGCCUGCUAAGGAAGGAAAAAACACAAUAAUAUGUGCUCCUACUGGUUGUGGAAAAACCUUUGUUUCACUUCUUAUAUGUGAGCAUCAUCUUAAAAAAUUUCCGCAAGGACAAAAGGGGAAGGUUGUCUUUUUUGCUGUUCAACUCCCAGUGUAUGAACAGCAGAAAUCUGUGUUCUCAAACUAUUUUGAAAGACUUGGGUACAAAGUUGCAGGUGUUUCUGGAGCAACGUCUGAGAAUGUCUCAGUGAAACAGAUUGUUGAGAACAAUGACAUCAUCAUUUUAACUCCACAGAUUCUUGUGAAUAGUCUUAAAAAUGGGACUAUUCCAUCACUCUCUGUCUUUACUUUGAUGAUAUUUGAUGAAUGUCACAAUACUGGUAAACACCAUCCUUAUAAUAUGAUCAUGUUUAAUUAUCUAGAUCAGAAACUUGGAGGAUCUUCAGACCCACUGCCUCAGGUCAUUGGGCUGACUGCCUCUGUUGGCAUUGGGGAUGCCAAAAGCACAGCAGAAGCCGUGGAAUAUAUCUGCAGACUGUGUGCUUCUCUUGACACAUCAGUGAUAGCAACAGUCAAAGACAACUUGGAGGAACUGGAAGAAAUUGUUUAUAAGCCCCAAAAGUUUUUCAGGAAAGUGGAAUCACGGACCACUGACAGAUUUAAAUGCAUCAUUUCUCAGCUGAUGAGGGAAACAGAGAGUCUGGCAAAGAGUAUCUUUGACGAAAUCGGUACCAUAACUCUCGAAGGUAUAUCUCAAAUUCGAAAUCGGGAAUUUGGAACGCAGAAAUAUGAACAAUGGAUCGUUACUGUUCAGAAAGCAUGCACGGUGUUUCAGUUGCCUGACAAAGAUGAAGAGAGCAGGAUUUGUAAAGCACUGUUUUUGUACACUUCCCAUUUGCGGAAAUAUAAUGAUGCCCUCAUUAUCAAUGAGCAUGCGCGAAUGAAAGAUGCUCUGGAUUACUUGAAAGACUUCUUCACCAAUGUCCGAGCGGCAGGAUUUGAUGAGAUUGAGCAAGAUCUCACUCGGAGAUUCGAAGAAAAGCUGCAGAAACUGGAAAGCGUUUCUAUGGAUCCCAGCAAUGAGAACCCAAAACUCAAAGAUCUCUGCUUCAUCUUGCAAGAGGAGUACCACUUAAACCCAGAGAGUAGAACCAUCCUCUUUGUGAAAACCAGAGCACUUGUGGAUGCUUUGAAGAAAUGGAUUGAAGAAAAUUCUGAACUCAGCUUUCUAAAACCUGGCAUAUUGACUGGACGGGGCAAAACAAAUCAGAACACAGGGAUGACACUCCCAGCACAGAAGUGUGCAUUGGAUGCAUUCAGAACUAAUGGAGAUAAAAAGAUUCUGAUCGCCACCUCAGUUGCUGAUGAAGGCAUUGACAUUGCUGAGUGCAAUUUGGUCAUCCUGUAUGAGUAUGUGGGCAAUGUCAUCAAAAUGAUCCAAACUAGAGGCAGAGGAAGAGCGAGAGGUAGCAAGUGCUUCCUUCUGACUAGUAAUGCUGUUGUAAUUGAAAAAGAAAAAAUAAACAUAUAUAAAGAAAAAAUGAUGAAUGACUCCAUUUCAAUGCUUCAGACAUGGAAUGAAGCAGUAUUUAAAGAAAAGGUUCUCCAGAUACAGAUUCAAGAAAAAGUCAUCAGGGAUAGUCAAGGAAAAGUAGAACCUGUACCUGAUAAGGAAAAUAAAAAACUGCUCUGCAGAAAGUGCAAAGCCUUUGCAUGUUACACUGUUGAUAUCAGAGUGGUGGAGGAAUGCCAUUACACUGUGGUUGGAGAUGCUUUCAGGAAGUGCUUUGUGAGUAAACUACACCCCAAACCAAAGAGCUUUGGAUAUUUUGAGAAGAGAGCAAAGAUCUUCUGUGCCAGACCAAACUGCAGCCAUGACUGGGGAAUCCAUGUGAAGUAUAAGAUAUUUGAGAUUCCAGUUAUAAAAAUAGAAAGUUUUGUGGUGGAGGAUAUUGCAACUGGAGCUCAGAAACUAUAUGCAAAGUGGAAGGACUUUCAUUUUGAGAAGAUACCAUUUGAUGCUAAGGAAAUGCCCAAAUGACCUGGGUGCCUCAUUCUUUAGCUACAGGGGAUGGAUGACCGACCCUGACUGAAGAAAUUAGCCCCAGUGGGUACCAUCAUGGAUUGCUUGUACCAUUGUGAAGGUAUUUGCCCAAGGCUUGUAUUGAACUAAAUUAUCUAUCACUUAACUUUACCCUCUGUUUAUGGCUUUCUGUAGGCCAAUAAAGCUCUUAAGUACUUGGGAAAAAUUAAAAAGCCUCAACUUCUUUUCCUAUCCUUCCCCUUGCAACUGAUCCCCAAUGAAUAUCCAGUAGCCACUGGGUACACAUUAGAAUGAAUGAAUGAAUUAAAGGAAGGAAGGAAAGAAAUGUUGAAAGUUUUUUCUAUGCUUCCCUUUCUUUCCUUAACCUGCUACUGUAAACUGACUUUUGCCCUUAAUCUACUGACAUUGUUCUUGUUAAUACCAGUGCCUAAUCCAUCGGGCACUUCUUAGGCCUUCUCUCUCUUUGAUCUCUUUGCUGCUUUUGGCCCUGUUGAGUACUCCUUUCCUGGAACCCCCUCUUGGCUCCUAUUUCUGUUAGCUCUGUCCCAGUCUGUGCUGUUGAUUCCUCUAUGCUGAUCUCUUAAAUGCUGAUAAUUCUAAGGGUUCGAUAAAUAUUCAUAUACAUAGAUAUAGUAGUUACUCAUAUUUUCCAUGUACCAGUGUGUGGCAUGUAAUCUUAAAAUUCUGUAGGACAACUUUUAGUAAUAGGAGCAUGUAGAUGAUACAGUACUUCUUGAGAAAUUGAUUUGUUUUUAUAGUUUAUUGUACAUCUUGCCCUAUUAAUUUGUUUCCUUAACCCGUGCUGUUGUUCCCUUUGAAUGGUCAUCUCAAGCCAUUUUGUAGUAAUAGUUGAUGGUCAACAGUUUGGACUCUGUUCUCAGGUUCCUUGGAUGGAACUGAGGAGAUAAAGUUGGCUGUCCUAUCCACUUAAAAAAAAUCAGACUAUGUAUUCAAGUGGCAUUCUUGUGUCAUUAAACAAGGUUGCUGAUGCCCUGA